AUGGAGGAAAUUAAAGUCCCGAAACCUCCCCCGAAAGAAGUGCCUCAGAGGCUGAUGCAGGAAGCACCAACACCCUCUCUGAAGGACAGAUCAGAAGUGAUCAAAGGGUACAAAAAGGCCAUGGUCAAAACAAUGACCAACUCCCUCAGUGUUCCGUAUUUCAGUUACUGUGACGAAAUCGAUGUGACCGAUUUGGUACUCAUGCGUGCACGGUUGAAACAGAUAGCAGAGGGAAAAGGUGUUAAGUUUUCAUACAUGCCUUUUUUCAUAAAAGCUUUAUCUUUGUCCUUACUGGAGUAUCCAAUUCUUAACUCCUCAGUUGACCAAAAGUGUGAAAACAUCGUUUAUAAGGCAUCUCACAACAUAGGCAUUGCCAUGGAUACAGAACAAGGCCUGAUUGUGCCAAACAUAAAGAAUGUCCAGAAUCUCAGCAUCCUACAGGUGGCUUCUGAACUGAACAGGCUGCACCUGGCGGCCAUCAAGGGCUCUAUACGGCAGAACGACGUCACAGGAGGGACGUUUUCCAUAUCCAACAUUGGAGCUAUUGGUGGAACCUAUGCAAAACCUGUGAUUCUUCUUCCUGAGGUCGCUAUUGGAGCAGUAGGAAAAAUACAGGCUCUUCCUCGCUUCGAUGAGAAUGACAGAGUGGUGAAGAGACACAUCAUGCAGGUGAGCUGGUCCGCGGAUCACAGGGUGAUCGACGGCGCCACCAUGUGUCGAUUCUCUAAUCUCUGGAAAUCCUAUCUCGAGAGCCCCGUGACCAUGCUCAUGCACCUCAAGUGA